UUAACUUGACACGUUUUUUUUAAAAGUUCGAUUUCUUUAAUUAUCAAAGCCAGUGUGAGACAGGAACCCAGCUGUAAUUUCUUUAAGCUUUUUCAUUAAUAGUUUUUCACCCAAAUUUCAAUAUGGGUUUGAAAGGCUCGUCAAUAGUGAAAGUAGUUUCAGUUUUAAAUGGGCAGUUUUUAAAAACUUCAAAAACUUAAAUCAUCAGAGGAGGGAAAUUUCAAAUACACAGCAGUUAAAACUUAGGAUUCUUGUGUGGUUUAUUUGUAGCUGUUUAUUAAGCCGCGAGCUAAAGUGAAUUUGCAAGAUCAUCCACCUCUUUGUUAGAACUUGCUUUACUUUGUCUGGAGAGUUCUGCCUUUUGUAGGAAUACCCUGCAGCACCUUCUGCCCCCUGCAGUCCAAAACUAAAAAUGUGUCACCAAGUCAGAGUCAAUUAUAAGGGUGGGAAAAAUUCCUUAAAAAAAAAAUGGUGUUUAGCUUAAGAGGAAUAUUCCAUUUUUAUUUCCUGUCAAGGUGAACUGGCUCAAUUAAGGUCAAGUCAUAUUUUCAACCAAAAUUACAUACUACAGAGGAAAGAAAGCAUACAAAGCUAAAAAUGCAUACCUUUACAUUUUUUGUUAUUGUAAUUACUUCCCCUAAUAUAGAAGUGCUGAUUUUUUUCAAGCAUGCCAUUGUUUGUAAUUCAUUUCUGUUUUUAAGAUUCUAGGUUGUCUACAAGCAAAAGAAUGUAUUUCUUUAGUCAUUCGGAGUAGCCUGCUGUAGUUUUUGAAAGGUAUUGUUGCAGCAUCUGGCAGUGAGACUGAGGAUGAGGACAGCAUGGACAUUCCCUUGGACCUUUCUUCAUCCGCUGGCUCAGGCAAGAGAAGGAGAAGGGGCAACCUACCCAAGGAGUCUGUGCAGAUUCUUCGGGAUUGGCUGUAUGAGCAUCGUUACAAUGCCUAUCCUUCCGAGCAAGAGAAAGCAUUGCUGUCCCAGCAAACACACCUGUCUACACUACAGGUCUGUAACUGGUUCAUCAACGCCCGCCGCAGGCUCCUCCCUGACAUGCUGAGAAAGGAUGGCAAAGAUCCAAAUCAGUUCACAAUUUCCCGCCGUGGGGCCAAGAUUUCUGACACGAGCUCUGUGGAGUCCGUGAUGGGCAUCAAAAACUUCAUGCCAGCUCUAGAGGAGACCCCUUUUCAUUCCUGUACAGCUGGGCCAAACCCAACCCUCGGGAGGCCACUGUCUCCUAAGCCGUCAUCCCCGGGAUCAGUUUUGGCUCGUCCAUCGGUGAUCUGCCAUACCACUGUGACUGCAUUGAAAGAUGGCCCUUUCUCCCUCUGCCAGCCAGUUGGUGUGGGACACAACACAGAUAUACAGCAGAUAGCGGCCAACAACUUUACAGACACCUCUCUCAUGUACCCAGAGGACACGUGUAAAUCUGGACCAAGUACAAAUACACAGAGUGGUCUUUUCAACACUCCUCCCCCUACUCCACCGGACCUCAACCAGGACUUUAGUGGAUUUCAGCUUCUAGUGGAUGUUGCACUCAAACGGGCUGCAGAGAUGGAGCUUCAGGCAAAACUUACAGCUUAACCCAUUUUCAAGCAAAACAGUUCUCAGAAAUGUCAUGAUUGCCGGGGUGAAGGCAAGAGAUGAAUUGCAUUAUUUUAUAUAUUUUUUAUUAAUAUUUGCACAUGGGAUUGCUAAAACAGCUUCCUGUUACUGAGAUGUCUUCAAUGGAAUACAGUCAUUCCAAGAACUAUAAACUCAAAGCUACUGUAGAAACAAAGGGUUUUCUUUUUUAAAUGUUUCUUGGUAGAUUAUUCAUAAUGUGAGAUGGUUCCCAAUAUCAUGUGAUUUUUUUUCCUCCCCUUACCCUUUUUUGUUAUUUUUUCAGACUGUGCAAUACUUAGAGAACCUAUAGCAUCUUCUCAUUCCCAUGUGGAACAGGAUGCCCACAUACUGUCUAAUUAAUAAAUUUUCAAUUUUUUUUCAAACAAGUAUGAAUCUAGUUGAUUGAUGCCUUUUUUUCAUGACAAUAAAGUAUUUUCUUUAAAAA